AUGGCCUACAAAGGUUCUAAAGCCAUUGAGAGAGAAUUGAUCAGAAUUUUGAAUUCGCCGCAGAAUUCUAACAAAUGUGGUGAAUGUGGGACAACAUUUCCAUCAUGGUGCUCCAUCAGUCUGGGUGUGUUUCUGUGUGGCAGAUGUGCGUCAGUGCAUAGGAAACUACUGGGACAGCGUGGUGAUAACUGCUACUCGGACGUAAGGUCACUUACAAUGGACCGGUGGUCGAGCUCGGAUUUGGACGAGCUUGCCAGCAGUGGGGGCAACAAACGCAACCGAACCACCUGGAACCCGAAAAACGAGCCUUUCCCCUUUGAUGGGGAUGAAGACAAAACCGCUGUGGAAAAGUUCAUACGUGACAAGUACGUGCUGCGCAAGUUUCGUCCUGACAGCCAGGAUCGCAGUUUCGACGACGAAACCAGAACGUCAAGCUCUUGGUCGAGACCCGAGACGUCCAGAAGCAGUUCUACUCGCAUAACACACAGCAACAGGCCUUCGGCGCAUUCCAGUGCCAGUUCCAGUGCCGUGACACAAGCGAACAACCCGCCCCUUCCCAGAAGACCAGCCUCCAACGUAGGACCGCGGCCUGCCGUUUUUGACGGCACGGGAAACGCUCCGAUUGGCACGAGGCCUGCAGUAUUUGACGGGCUCCAGCAGCAGCAGUUUCUUGACCCUGCUACCGGGAUUGUUUACGUCGGCCAGGCUCAAGAACAGGCGCUGUACGAUCAGCAAUCGUCGCAGCAGCAGCAGGCUCUUCUCCGACAACAGAUGCAGCAACAAGCGCUCUAUGAGCAGCAAGCACUCCAGCAGCAGGCUCUCUACCAACAACAGAUGCAGCAGCAAAUGCAGUCCCAAGCUGAGAAAAAUGCUUUACUUUCGCUGUAUCAACGGCCCGAUCUCUACACCAGUGCCGUUGAGAUUACUCCGUCGCAUCCACAAUAUCAACAGAUCAUGCAGAUGCAGAUGCAGAUGCAACAACAGCAACAGCAACAGCAACAGAAGGGUCCAACCGGAUUUUAUUAUGGCGUAUAG